CGUCAAUAUCCCGUACUUAGGUGCCGAGUGACGACGGGAGUAUCUCGCAGUUUAUUUCCAGCAUAGAACUUGGCUGACCCCUGCAAGCCUUACGUCAUACUUUUAGAUCACCACCACUCUAUACCUAGUGCAAUCGCACAGACUGAAUCAUGUAACUAUUGCCCGGCUAUAGAAGUCAUGUCCAAAUAAACUUGUUGAUAAUAACCUUCUACUGAAAUGCGGGGAUUCGACUUUCACCCCAUCAAUGCGUUACUGCACUGCAUACACCUAGGAAAUAGACUUCGGCCUGUUAUGUUUCUAGAUCUCAAUGCCCAAUGAUCAACUCUCUAUGCAGAUUAAAACAAUCGACAGCACUAACGAUUGCCUGUUUUCUUUUUCCUUUUCAUAUUUUGAUCAAACCGUUGAUGUUCGCAGCCUAACCAAUAGCCAACUAGGGUGGAAUGGUCGACGAGUGGCUUGGGUUUGUGCGCAAAUGUGAUAUAUCACAAAGGUCCUCAAGACCUUCAAGCAUGAUCCAAUUAUCAUUUGCAAUGGUGAGUUACGAGACUCUGAUGGCACUAGUACAGUGACCUGGACUUCCUUGCUUUAACUUAAUACUGAGUCUUAGCAUUAGGGACAU